AUGUCCGCGCUUCCAGAUGAAGUUAACAGCACCUUGAUCGAGGUGCUGAAUGGGUUUUCGUCGCCAGUAAAUACGAUUCGUGCGGCUGCGGAAGAGUCAUUGAACAAAAACUGGAUCACACCCGAUAACAUCGGUGUUUUGUUGAUGUUUCUGGCUGAACAGGCAGCGUAUUCUGGAGAAUUAACUCUGGCUGCGCUAUCUGCCGUUCUGUUCCGGAAACUGGCGCUGCGAGCUCCCCCAUCGUCCAAAACCGUGAUUAUCGCGAAGAACAUCACUCACAUUAAUGAGUCGGUACUCGCACAAAUUCGUACCACGCUGUUGAAGGGUUUUAUCACGGAAAGACCCAGUGGAAUUCGCCAUAAGCUGUCCGAUGCCAUAGCAGAGUGUGCUCAGGAAGACUUGGCCGAAUGGCCUGAGCUUCUCCCGGCUCUUUUCGAAGCCAUUAAAAACUCUGAUCCCAACUUCCGUGAAUCGAGUUUCCGUAUUUUCACAUCUGUUCCACACCUAAUCAAUGCUGUGGACAUCAACAGUGUGCUUCCCAUCUUCGAGGCCGGUUUCACGGAUGUCGAUGACAAUGUCAAAGUGGCCGCAGUCACAUCCUUUGUCGGCUAUUUCAAACAACUCCCAAAACAACACUGGUCGAAUCUAGGUGUGCUACUACCCAGCUUAUUGAACAGUCUUCCAAAUUUCUUAGACGACGGUAAGGACGAUGCAUUGACCUCUGUUUUCGAAUCAUUGAUUGAAUUGGUAGAACUGGCUCCCAAACUAUUCAAGUCUAUGUUUGACCAAAUGAUUCAAUUCAUCGAUAUGGUGAUAAAGAACAAGGACUUGGAAACGUCUGCCAGAACUACGGCGCUGGAACUCUUGACCGCUUUCAGUGAAAGUGCACCACAGAUGUGCAAGGCAAACCCCAACUAUGCACAGUCCCUCAUCAUGAAUACACUCAUGAUGAUGACAGAAGUUUCGAUUGACGAUGACCAAGCGAUAGAGUGGCACAAUUCGGAUGACGCAGAUGAAGACGACGAAGAGGUGACCUACGAUCACGCACGCCAAGCCCUAGACCGUGUAUCCUUGAAACUGGGAGGGAAAGUCCUUGCGCCACCUUUGUUCCAAUAUUUACAGCAAAUGGUGACUUCAUCGGAAUGGAGAGAAAGAUUUGGCGCACUAAUGGCUCUAUCUUCUGCAGCUGAAGGAUGCAGGGAUGUCUUGAUUGGCGAGAUUUCUAGAAUUCUUGGUAUGAUCAUCCCACUAAUUAAUGAUCCUCAUCCAAGAGUUCAGUACGGGUGCUGCAACGCAUUGGGUCAAAUCUCAACUGAUUUUGCCCCUCUUAUCCAAAGAACUUCUCACGAACGUAUUAUUCCUCCUCUGAUCUCGAAGCUGACGCCUCAAUCAGUCGACCGUGUACAGACGCACGCAGCUGCUGCGCUCGUGAACUUCUCGGAGCACGCUACUCAAACAAUUUUGGAACCAUACCUGGACGAUCUUCUAACAAACUUAUUGACGCUUUUGCAAAGCUCUAAGUUUUAUGUUCAGGAGCAAGCUUUGACGACAAUUGCCUUCAUUGCUGAAGCCGCAGAGAAAAAAUUCAUCAAAUACUACGAUACGUUGAUGCCGCUUCUCAUAAAUGUCUUGAAAACCGAUAUGGGAAGCGCUAAUAGAUUGCUGAAAGGUAAGUGCAUUGAAUGUUCCACUUUGAUUGCUCUAGCUGUUGGAAAAGACAAGUUCAUGGGUCACUCACAAGAACUAAUCGAGCUUUUCAUUUUGUAUCAGAAUCAUGGUAUUGAAGAUGACGAUCCUAUUAAAUCAUAUUUGGAACAUGGAUGGAGUAGGAUUUGUCGAAUUCUCAGAGAAGAUUUUGUUCCUCUUCUGCCCGUCGUCAUUCCACCUCUCUUGGAGACCGCUAAGGCUACGCAGGAUGUUAGCUUGAUCGAAGAGGAAGAAGCUGCUAACUUUCAACAAUAUUCCGAUUGGGACGUUGUUCAGAUUCAAGGCAAACAUAUCGCUAUUCACACUUCGAUUUUAGAUGACAAGGUAUCCGCCAUGGAACUUCUACAGGUUUACACGACGAUUUUGAAGAAUUAUUUUGCCGUCUACGUGGCAGAGAUAAUGAAGGACAUAGCCAUCCCAUCCAUUGACUUUUAUUUGCAUGACGGAGUAAGAGCGACCGGUGCUGGCCUCAUUCCCGUUCUGCUUUCUGCCUUGGUUUCCGCAACAGGUGUUCAGAAUAACGAUGUUCUCCAACUAUGGCAUUUGGCGUCGAAUAAGCUAUUAAACGGUAUAAUGAUUGAACCCAUGCCUGAAAUUACACAGAUUUAUCACACUGCUUUGGUUGAUGGUUUAGGAAUUCUCGGUGAAAAUAGCUUAAACGAGGAUCAAUUAGCACAAUACACCAAAGGUAUGUCUGCCAAUCUGUCUGAUAUCUACGAGCGCGUAAAACAACGCCGUAGUCAAGAGGACGAAUACAACGAAGAUGUGGACGAAGACUUUGAAGACUAUACGGACGAGGAUCUCUUGGAUGACAUCAAUAAGUCCCUAGCUGCGGUCUUCAAGUCAACGAGAGGGGCCUAUCUCAAUCAAUUCCGAGCAUUAUGGCCCGUUGUUAUCACCUAUUUGAGAGAUGGCGAGGUUAUUUUAACACUUUUCGCGCUCUGCGCAAUUGGAGACAUGGUGGAGAGCGCAGGACCUGCAACCGAGCCGCUAAAGGCCGACUUCAUCAACGAUGUCAAAGAAUAUCUGCUUUCAGCCGACGCGUCUAUCCGUCAAGCAGCGUCAUAUGUGAUAGGUGUUUGUGCCCAACACAGUCGGGAAGUUUAUGGGCAAGAAUGCUUGGACUCUUUGGAAACUCUCACUCGUGUCAUCUCUAUUCCAGAUUCUAAGUCCGAGGAGAACGUCACAUCCACAGAAAAUGCCAGCGCGGCCAUUGCCAAAAUUCUGCAUAGCUUUGGCAGCAGUAUUAUGAAUUACGAUACUUAUGUUUCAAGUUGGCUAAAAUCAUUCCCGGUGGUACAAGACGAAGAGGCUGCCGCCUUCAAUUAUAGAUUUCUGGCACAUUUGAUCGACACCAAUUCGCCUGCGGUUACCAAUGCAGCUGCUAUUCCAAAUGUUCUCGAUUACGUUGUGCAGGCUUUACGUCACAGAUCAUUGGUAGGUAAAAACGCGACUGCUGUGGUUGAAUCUACCAAGAAGCUUCUAGGUUCUAUGCCACAAAAUGAAGCCAUGGCUUUGUUUCAGAGGUAUCCUUCUGACGUCGUUCAGGAGAUUCAGCACUGGUUUACGUGA